GAUCCUUUAGAAACUUUUUUGAUCAAGUUGACAGGGGAAAAAGAGAAUGAAAUGUCAGUAACUCAUAUGUUAUAAUUCCAGAACACCAGGACUACAUUCAUAUGCUCCCAAGCUAUUAGCAUCAGAGCAUGUUGAUUAGAUCACAUUUAGAAUUUCCACAUUGUGUACUAAAGAGUUUUCUUGACUAGAGAGGGUCUUAGCAAUAAAGCUUUGCUCUUUAUAGCUCAUAAGACUGAAAGGAUUUAGAGCUCUUAUCUCCAUCCAUAUUCCGUUUGAACCUACCUUUCCAAUACCAUAGCGUGUACUCUUUCAUAGGGACAUUUGGAGGGUAGCCUUGACUUCCAUAUAUAUUUUUUAGACAACAAGUUAUGGACCCUUCAUUGAUUAAUGAAAAGAAAUAGAUAUUUUUAAAACAUCGAAUGAUUUAAACUCUAAAAGGAAUGGAGAGAGAAAUAAACCAAAAGUAGAAAGGUUAAUAAAAGUACCCCAUUCAUCCAUAUAUUCCUAAAAGUUAAAUGUUCAAAUAAGCUAGAAAGAGAACACCAUUGAAUUGGACUGGAACAGAAUGCUCCGUUGUCCUUUUUUCAUCUCUCUUCAACGAUAUUUGAAAGCCACUCGAACCAAAACUCUUUCUUGUUGAACUGAAAAGAAUUAAAUCAUAAUAGAGAAGCACUAAGAAGCAAGACUGGACCAUUUGUUUUUUCUUUAACAACGAUUAGACCAUUUUGAAGUUGAAGUAUGGUAUUACUUUGAAUCAUUCUCCAAAAAUCAUUGUAAAUUGAAAUCUUCUGCAUCCUUUAGGGAUACCAAAACCAACAAAGCUAAUGAAUAUCAAAACACAAUAAAUUCAGCCUCCUCCAAAAUACUACUAGAUCCAAUCAUCUGAGACCCCAAAAAUGCAUUCCAACAUUCAAAAACAGAUCAAUUAGGUAUUAGUUGAACCUCCACUAAGAAAUUUUAUCCAAUGGUACCUCAAACAAUCAAUUGUCUUGCCUUCUGAACGCCAAUCUAAAGUUUCCGAACCAUAAAUGCUAAACGCCCCACAGAACCGAAGUAGAAGAACCAAGGUAAAAUCCCCCAGCUUCUUUUGCUAGAAAAUCACCGUUACUUUAUUUCAUGACCCAAUUACUCAAACCACCUUCACCUAAAGAUUAAGAACCUACGAUGCAGCUAACCCAAUGCUUCAAAUUUUCUAUUAUCGCUACUCUUCUGAAGAAUAUUUGCAUACCUUUCUCAAUUAUUAUUUAAACCAUGCAAUGUCCUGUUCUUUCUUCGGAAGAUGAGGAGUUUUUUCCUGAAGAAUCUAUUGAACAUGGUCUGAACACUGUUAUCUAUGAGAGGCUGGAGGGAAAAAAAGUCUCUGACUUUCCUUCUCCCCAAAAUUUAGUUGAUGUCAACAUUAAUGCGGAUAUAGUCGAGGAAUCUUGCUCAAAACUUGGUUUCUCUGGCAAAUCUGUCAAUUGCUCAGGUCGGAAGUCCAAAUGUCAUUUCUCAUACUUGGAAUUUAAUCAGUGUAAUAUCAAAGAAUCUUCGCAUAUUGCUCCUUCUUGUGGAGUUAUUGACUCGGAUAAUGAGUCUGAGAUCAGUUUAACUAGUGUGGAGCUUGAUCAACAACCUUUUGGUAACUGUUGAGUGAUAUUGUUGAAGAUUCUUAGGAAGCAACCUUAGAUAUGUUGUUUAAGACUCCCAAGGAAGAUUCUGUUUGUAGUCAGGAACUUGUUUCAUUUCAGAAUAUUUUUAGUGUCAGCUUUCUCUUCCUUUAAAUAUGAUAAAAUCAAUCACCGAUCAACCCAAAAACUUAAGUUGAUGAGCCAUGGUAAAUUUAAUUAUAAAAAAUUCUUUAACAAAUUUUUGUAUAUUUAUUGUUACAUUCACUGAAGGGAUUUUUUUUCCUUUCAUUUGGGAAUCUAAUCUCUGAAUAAAGAUUUUUCUAACUCCGAAUUCCCAAAAUAAGGAAUGGGACAUCAGUCGAAAUAAUAAUUCUUUAUGGGAUAUGAGAUGGGGCGUGCUUUCUCAAUUCUGACUCCACCAUGCCUUGCUGUCAUCUCUAGUUAUAUGCAAAAGAUGCUAACAAAAAAAAAAAAAGAGCUUCAGGAAGGUGGUUUAGAAAUCCUUCAUUUAAAGAAGGGAAGAUUUGCGGUAAGCACUUAUAACAAGCUAAAACAGACCUACCCUCUAUAUUUGUUUGGUUACGUAAAGGAUGGGUAGCAAUGCCUUCACUCACUGGUUACAAUAUUUCAAGGCUCCUUGCAAUCUUUGUUGACAAGAUCUUUUCUUGCAAAAAUUGAUAUGUAGCUAUUGGCCUAUUUUAGAGUUUCACUUCGAUAGUAAUUGGUGUAAUGGUGAACCAACUUUCUGCAAGAGAUUACUCAAAAUCAAUAUUUGCUGACAUAUAGCGUUGGACUAGAGCUCAAUGAUCAAACUAACAUCAUUCAGUUUAUUAGCAUACAUAACAAUAGAUCAGGCGCACGUAUCUACAAAAAGCUUGGUUGCACAAUUAGUAUCUUACAGUAUGGUUCUUUAUCAAAUUCAUUCAUUUUUCCCCAUAGUUUCUGAGUACACUAUGAUUUUUGUAGGCAGGUAACCGAGCUUCAUUGAGAAAAAUGCAAAAAAAAAAUAUAAGGGCAUGCAAAAAACAAGCUCAAACUUCUGAGUCUACUAUGAUUAUUUACUGUUGUCG